AUGAAAUUUCGAAUUAAGUUGAAUAAUCAAACGUUUUCAAUAAUAUUCGAUGAUAAUAAUGAAAGCCUCUCAAUUCAUAAUUUAAAAGCAACAAUACAAAAAAAAUUUCCAUCAUUAAGAAAGUUAAACUUUCAUUUAUCACUUAAUGGCAAAGAUUUAUUAAUUGAAAAUCAAACAAUGUCUCAAUCAGGCCUUGUUAAUGGUGAUACGAUUUAUAUCCUAAAUGAAAUUAAUAAAAAUAAUUUAGCACUGCUAUCCCUAUCAUCCGUCGAUCAUCCAUUGACACUCGAUGAAGUACGAGAUUUACAAGCAUAUCCAAUAUCAAUGCAUCGUCUGGUUGAUUCUUCUCAGCCAGAAACUGAUUUCGAUUAUAUUGCGAUAGUUAUACAUGCUUUAAUGCUUGAAAGUGGCUUUCAAAUGGAUACAGAAAACAAUUAUGAUAUAAGAAUUGCAAGAAAAUCUUCCACAUUUUAUGUCAUCCGUUAUCGACAUAAAUUAUGUGACAAAGAACGUGUUACAUGUUCAUUAGCAAUUAUGAAAACAGACGCACUAGUGACAAUCGAUGGUGUUGUUAAUUCAAUAUCACAAGCGUGCGGGAAGUUAUCAUUUAAUAUGGCCAAUUAUUUACAUACACAAAAAGAAGCAGCUGGUUUAAAUGCAAUCUUUCCUUAUCAUCAUCUUCGUGAUUUAUCACGGUCCUUCAAAGAUAAUUUAGCAAAUCGUCUAUUGUGUAAAUUACUAGAAGAAUCGGGACAACGUUCAAGUGCAACAUUGAUUGGAUUACCAAAUGAAAUAAAACUUCGUUUAGGGAAGUAUCUUCCAAUAAAAUCUUUACUUGCACUUCAAUCGACAUGCCGCGAUAUUCAUAACACUUUAAAUGAUAAUCUUUUUUGGCAUGAUUUAUGUGUACGAGAUUUUGAUAAAACUGCAAUAAUAUCAGCUUCGAGUACGACAGAGAAUAGCUCAAAUGAAAAAAAUUGGCAUAAACUGUAUCUAACAAUCUAUGCUCAAAAACAAGUCAUAUUAAGGCAUCAAACGAAAUUCUCUCCAAUGUUCCAUACGACUUUUGUUCCAAUAGCACCACCGCCCGGUCAUCCAGCACAUCGAGUCAUUUUUCCAGAUCCAACUAAUGCCGCAACUGCUGCAUUUCAUCCUUUUCCACCCGCCAUUUAUCGACCUAUUCCACCUGGCGUAUUCCGCAUUUGUACUGCGAAUACACAGCAGGCACAAACAACACAGCAUCAGCAAGCACAACAUCACAUAUAUUGUCAACCACUUUUUGGUCUAAAAUGGGUCGUGAUUUUUGCAGCUGCUACUAUGAUUCCACUACCGCCAUGUUUUCAUCCUGUUUGGCUUGGCUAA